AUGAGUGGUCUACGGCAUGGUUUACUGAAUGACCAAUCGCAGCUUAGCAUUUUGCAGUCUCACUACUACUCGCAUUAUGAUCUGAAGCGCAACACGAUGGGUGCCAAUCCCUCUUGCGAGGACGAAUCUUACAAGAUACCGGAUUGGAAGUCACAGUCGAAUAAGAAGAAAACCACCACUGCUGCGCUUGUCAUGUGCUUGAAUCUCGGGAUUCCUCCGCCGGAUAUACAGAAGCCUGCUGACUACCCUGUUUUGGAGGCCUUUGUGGACCCAACAACAUACUCGGACCCGAAAAAGGCCCUUCAGGCGAUAGGUAAGAAUCUACAGUCAAACUACGAGUCCUGUGAAGGAGUGAGCUCGCGAAUCAAGUACAAGCAGUCGCUGGACCCGUCUGUCGAGGACCUCAAACGGCUUUGCACAACUCUGCGCAGAAGCUCCAAGGACGAGAGGAUCUUGUUUCACUACAACGGCCAUGGUGUUCCACAGCCCACGCAGAGCGGAGAGAUAUGGGUGUUCAACAGAGGAUACACGCAGUACAUUCCGGUGAGCUUGUACGAUCUUCAGAGCUGGCUGGGUGCUCCGUGCAUUUUCGUGAUAGAUACGUGCGCAGCAGGUAACGUUAUCGAAAAUAACAAGAAAUUCAUACAAAAAAGAAUAGAGGACGAGGCGAACGAGAGAGCAGAGAAUAUUUCACCGUCGCCUGUGAGUGCCUAUAUCGAGUCCAUCCAGCUCGGUGCGUGUCGGUCUGACGAGAUCCUUCCUCUUAAUCCAGAUCUGCCGGCAGAUCUAUUUACUUGCUGCUUGACAAGUCCUAUAGAGAUGAGUGUGAAAUGGUUUGUGCUGUAUUCGCCCUUAAGUCGCCAUGGCUACUACGAGGUUUUGAAAAACAAAGAGGGCGAGAUCAUCAUUCCAGGUAAGUUGACAGACAGAAGAACCCCGCUGGGCGAGUUGAACUGGAUAUUCACCGCCAUCACGGACACAAUUGCAUGGACUUCUCUAUCAAGGCCUUUAUUUAAAAGACUGUUUCGUCAAGAUUUGAUGGUGGCGGUGCUGUUCAGGAAUUUCCUCCUCGCGAAGAAAAUCAUGCCGUUGGUGGGAUGCCAUCCGAUUUCCGACCCACCUCUGCCUGAUAUCAACCACCAUCCAAUGUGGGAGUCCUGGGACCUUGCCGUAGACGAGGUUUUGUCGCAGCUGGUGAAAAAUAAAUCUAAUGACGACAAUGCACAGCAGGAGCAGCUGGAUAUCCCGCAACUGCAGGUUCCAGAACACCAGCCGCCUCAGAGUGCAGCUCCCCCACACCCCUCUGUGAUGAACUACCAGCAUUCGUCGUUUUUCGAGCAGCAUCUCACAGCCUUCGAGAUCUGGCUUCAAUAUGGCUCCUCAACAAAAAAGCCUCCCCAGCAGCUGCCUGUUGUGUUGCAGGUUCUGCUCUCUCAGGCACACAGACUACGAGCCCUGAUUCUGCUCUCUAAGUUCCUGGAUCUUGGACCAUGGGCUGUGUAUCUUGCUCUGAGCAUCGGUAUUUUCCCGUACAUCGUGAGGCUCCUACAGAGUCCUGCGCCCGAACUCAAGCCAGUGCUAACAUUUAUUUGGGCCCGGAUCAUGUCUGUGGACUACAAGAACACGCAGCAAGAGCUGUGCAAGGACCGCGGAUACAACUACUUUGUGUCCAUCUUCACGAUGCAAACGAGACCGCACUUGAACGGAGCCCCAAACGGCGGUGUACAGCUGGAGAUAAACGAUGCGAAUUACGACGAGCAGAAGGCCAUGAGCGGGUUCAUCCUGUCGAUGUUUGUUCGCGACCAUGAGGCCGGACAGAAACUGUGUUUCUCGAUCGAUCUGAUCAAGACGUGCAUUUUCUACGUUGAGACGUCCGAAAGCCCGCUUCUGAGACAAUGGAGCGCGCUUCUGAUGAGCCAGUUGCUGAAAAAUAACCUAGAGGUUAUUGUGGUGUUUUAUCGCGGAAGCUUUGUUGAGAAGCUGCUGCAGAUCAUGAACGACCCGAUCCCGGAGAUCAGGGCCUCAAUUAUCAACUGCUUCUACAAUUUUAUCUACUUGGACACUGAAGACUCCGACGACAACACAGUCCGCGAUGAGCUGAAUAGACAGGAGAUCAAAAUCGCCAUUGAGGUUCUGGACAUGAUCAACGAUGGGUCGCCUUUGAUCCGCAGAGAAGUUACCUGUUUCUACAGCAGGUUUGUGCUAAAAUACCUCCAAUUCUUCCUGGUCAGUGCCUUUGGACAGCUGGAGGAGGAAAUCACUUUGGUGGACAACCCAAGCAUGAUCGACGAGGUGCGGCGCAAGUCGCCAGCCUACGGCUCGGUGUUCUCCUCCGUUUGGAAAGCCCUUUUAAUUUUGAGCGAGGACCCUCAGGAUGAAGUCAAGGACUAUGCCGAGCAAGUUGUUGACUACAUUCUCUGGAAGCUCAACGAGAGCGAGCUGGGUGAUGUGGUAGGGGCUAUGGAAGACUACUUGCUCCAAAAGCGCACAAUGAGCAGCAGCGUUGGCAAGGAAGACUCGCCUCUCCGCCCGCUUUCAACCAACGGGUCUGCCCCCAAGCUGUGGAACGGCCACGAUUCGGGAAGAAGAGUCCAGUCGGACUUUGAUCCCCACAAACCGCCAUCAAGGUCCAAUCCUCGCCAAACAUCGUCGUCCUCUGCACAGUCACUAACCGAAAAGCUAUUUUCCAAGCUCACAAUCAACAAUCUGAUGAAAAACCUGGGAAUUCCGGAGUCUGACGAGUCCGAGACCUCAAGUCUGCACAAAUUCAAUUUACUGAUUCAGCAGCCUGCCUCCCUUGCUUACGGCGUUGAGCCCAGACCGACGUCUCCAAGGUUUACGCCUCGUCCUAGAGACCACGGCAGACCCAUCUUGCCAUUGGUUAGCGGCUUUUUCCAGUACAGCUGUGAGUACUUUCAGGAGCCGCAGAUUGGAAGCAGCGAGCCUGACGAGCCGGGGAGCGAGGAGUAUAUAAGAGGACUGUGGAGACGAAACAGAAACGAGGCCAUCAUUGCCGAGACACAGCCACAGAAGGAACUCUCGCUCACUGGCGACUGGAGAAACCUGAUCAGCUCCCUGGACAACCGUACACAGCCUAAACUGCUCAAGUUCACGCAAUUCGAGGACUGGAUGGUAACCAGUGACGAGAAAGACAACAUCACGGUUUUUGACUGGAGGAGCGAGAAACAGCUCUCGCGAUUCUCGAACGGUAAUCCCUUUGGCACUAAAAUCACAGACCUGAAGCUGCUUAACGAAGACGACAUACCACUACUUCUGACAGGGUCCAGUGACGGCGUGGUGAAGAUCUAUAAGUCGUUCAGCGAUCCAAGCUCUUUCCACAUGAUUUCUGCCUGGCGGGCGCUCACCGACAUUCUGCUGACCCCACGGUCCAUAGGUCUGAUUUCGGAAUGGCAGCAGAGCAGGGGGUCUUUGCUGGUCACUGGUGAUGUGAAGAUUAUCAAGAUCUGGGACGCGCCAAGGGAAAAGUGCGUGAGCGAUGUUCCGCUAAGAUCGACCUCGCUGAUCACCUCGCUCACCUCCGACCAGGUCGCAGGAGACAUCUUCGUGGGCGGGUUCCAGGACGGAAGCAUGAGAGUCUACGACCGGCGGCUGGAUGCACGUGACUCCAUGGUACGACUAUGGAAGCCGAAGGACGUGCAGAGUCGGAGCAUGAUCAAGAACGUGCACAUGCAGCGGGGCGGCCUUCGCGAGCUGGUCUCGGGGUGCUCUAACGGAAUGGUGCAGCUUUGGGAUAUUCGUAAAGACGACCCGAUUGUGCGUUUCCGCGCGUUCGACAAAACCAUGACUACUGCGAUGAUCCACGAGCAUGCCCCGUUUGUGGCGUGUGCCUCCAAGGAGGUCGACAUUUACUCCACUGCGGGCGAAAUGGUGGCAAGCAUCGCCAACAGUGGGUUCAUCCACUCACUCAACGGCACAGCCAGAACAAAUUCCUACGUCAACGCUCUGUCGUUGCAUCCACAUCGGAUGAUGGUGGCUACUAAUUACAACCAGAGCUCUGCCGUGAGCAUCUACCAGUGCACCGAACAUGCUGAGCAUCACUGA